AUGAAGCGCCUCGGACGCGGCAUGACGGGCGGCCAAGGACAGCGCGGCCCUGGGGCGCUGAGCAAAUGCGGCGUUUUCUCCAUCGCCAAGGAUGGCGAUGGGAGCAUCUCCCGCCGCGAGUUCGAUCAGAUGCUGACGAAUCCCACCUGCGUCCGGACCUUGAGCGACGUCGGGGUGGACGUCUUUGCCUUGGUGGACCUCGCAGAUUUCAUCUUUGACCAACAGAACGAGCUCUCCUUCGCCGCCUUCAUGGAUGCGACUCGACUGAACUUGGACAGCUCGGUGCUUGCUCCUGCGAAGACCCACGAGUGA